CUAUUUUGUUCGUCGCUCUUGAAAUCACAUCAUAAGCCACACACAGAUUGCGGCAUAUUCAAGUCAAUUUCUGAUCUUGGGCCAGAAGCUCUGGAUUCUUCUCGUUCAUUCGCAUCUGCCAAUUCACACACCUCCAACCAUGUCCUCCCAAAACCCACAUAACAUCACCGUCCUCGGCGCUGGUGUGGUAGGAUUGACUUCUGCCAUAGUUCUGGCAUACACCUACCCUUCUGCGACCAUCACAAUAGUAGCGAAACAUCUGCCAGGAGACCGCUCGAUCGAAUACACCUCACCAUGGGCCGGAGCUAAUUGGUCGUCAAUGGCAAACGACAAUGGUCCACUAGAGAAGUACGACGAAGUCACGUUCAAGAAGUUUGGAAAGUUGAUCGAUGGCGAGAGCGUGUACGGAUGUAAAGCAGUAAGACCGGGCGAAGGUAACGACGUUGGUCUGGGACGAAUGGGCAUGUGGGGGAUUUUCGACACCCCAAUCUCAGAAGCAGGCAUACUGAGCGCCGGCACCGGAAAAGUCUGGUACGACCAAUUAGUCGGCGGCCUGCGUCAACUGAGCAAAGGGGAACUACCACACGAUGCAGUCUUCGGUAUCGAGUUCCCAACUUCAUUCCGCAUCAACACCGCCGUAUACCUUCAAUGGCUCCAAACCCAAGCCCUCGCAAAAAGCAUCAAAUUCAUCCGCCGCCACUACCCCUCCAUCUCCUCCCUGCUAUCCGACCUCCCCUCAACAUCCCUCCUCAUCAACGCGACCGGCCUAGGCUCCCUCAAACUAUCUGACGUCCGCGACACAAACCUCUACCCCACGCGCGGCCAGACCCUCCUCGUCGCUGAGCCCAAGGCCCCGAUCGAAAGAAUGUACGAAUACGAGCGAAAGUAUGGUGCACACGUCUUUCGUGCCCUAUCCACUCGCCUUCCUUUAAUGAUUGAUACUGACGAAAGUGUGAUUGGUAGGUACGUCCGUUCACCGAAACGCAUCGAUCCCACCACCGCAUACGUAUUCCCGCGCCCCCUCGGCGGCGGCGUGAUUCUGGGCGGGUCGCGGCAGGAGAACAACUGGAGCGACGAGUGGGAUGAAGAGCUCGGGAAAGAUAUCAUGAAGCGGUGUUGCGAGCUUUGUCCUGAGUUGGGGAAGCCGGAGGAUUUGCAGGUGAUUAGUAGGAACAUUGGGUUGAGACCUUCGAGGAAAGGAGGACCGAGGAUUGAGGUGGAGAAGGGAAGGUGGGAUAUUCCGGUUGUACAUUGCUAUGGACAUUCUGGGUUCGGGUAUCAGAGUUCUUGGUAA